CUGCAUUCCACAAAUGCUAGCAUAGCCUAGCAUCUUUAUGGUAUUUUCCUUUAAAAACCUCCUGGGUGUGCAGAUUCAGAAACUGGAUGUGUGGAUGAUUGCAGCAAUCCACCAGUGACCUUUGGGAUUAUUUCCAACAGAGAAGCCUAGCUACCAGGGGACUGGGAGUGCCUGACUAAUGACUGUGGUGGUUGGUGAUUGCAGUGUCGGCAGAGGGUGACGGCUAAAGGGAAGGUAACUCAUUAACACCACAGAGCAACUGUCGUGACGCCACCUCUGCCUGCCUGGAUGACUGCAUGUCUUGUGAGCCUGCAGCAGAAAGACAGACCCCGAGACAGACAGGCUAGGAGGCUAGCCCGGCUGGAGCUGUGUGUGUCCGACCGCAACACAGUGUCACAUACUGACACACACACACACGCACUGUCAUAUACACGACACACUGUCACGUAAUACACUGUCACGUACACACGCGACACAGGAGUACCGUGCAUCUACCAGACCAGGAGAAGACAAUCGGAGCACUGACUGAACUGUGCCCCAGCUGCAUGUGUCCGAGCACAUGCAGGCAAUCUCAGCUGCUGCAGUGACCUGAGUCAUUGUGGUGGGACCCAGCCACCUAACCCAGCCUGGAGGCACCUAACCCAGCCUGGAGGCACCUAACCCAGCCUGGAGGCACCUAACCCAGCCUGGAGGCACCUAACCCAGCCUGGAGGCACCUAACCCAGCCUGGAGACACCUAACCCAGCCUGGAGACACCUAACCCAGCCUGGAGACACCUAACCCAGCCUGGAGACACCUAACCCAGCCUGGAGACACCUAACCCAGCCCGGAGACACCUAACCCAGCCCGGAGACACCUAACCCAGCCAGGCAACAGCCAUGGACGCUCUGGAGCAGGAAUACAAGUCGCCGUUUGACUUUGAGCAGGGGGUGAAUAGCAGCUACCUCUUUUUGUCCCCCAGCGUCAUUGUAACACCACCAGGCUCACCGCAUGUGACUGUCACAGCCAGAGGUGCUGUGAGACCAGACUCUAUCACAGAGGUAGGGGAGGAUGCAGUGAUGUCGGUGGCCGUGUCCCCUUCCGUCCCCACCCUGACAGAGGAGGAACAGGAGGAGCUGCGAGAUGAACUGCUCAGGGUGGAGGAUGAGGUCGUGACUCUGUCUCAGGUGCUGGCAGCUAAGGAGAAGCAGGUGGCAGACAUCAAGAGGAAGCUGGGCAUCACUCCUCUCAACGAGCUCAAACAGAACAUCAGCAAGAGCUGGCAGGAGGUCACCACCUCUACUGCCUACAAGAAGACGUCAGAGGGCCUGUCCGUAGCUGGUCAGAAGGCCACGGCAGCCUUCACCAGCAUGGGCUCGGCCAUCAGCAGGAAGUUUGAGGACGUCAGAUUGCAAUCUAUUUCCAAUUCCUUUGGGAACACAACCACCUUUAAGUCGUUUGAGGAGAAAGUUGAGACUUUAAAGGUCAAGAUGAGCCCGACAGCAUCUCAGGGUGACUUUGGCGAUGUGUUGACCUCUACAGCGACCUCUGACCCUUCUGUUCCCGUAGAGAAACGGCCAGAGGCCACACCCAUCGCCACCCAGGAAGAACAGCCCCACUGAGACCAGCCUGACCUUUCACCCCUGACCCCUAGCCAGGCUGACAUUCACUAGAACCAUACCCUCUUUCCCCUUCUGUCUCCCCUCUUUCUGUUCUCUCACCUCCUCCCUUCUUCAGCUCCCUCUACAACCCUAUAGCACAAAACAACAGAACCAACAACCAAAAAAGAAAAAUAAGUUUCCCCAGGAACUUAAAAAAAAAAAAGAAGUAAUUAUGAAAAUAUUGUUGUGACACCGUAACACUUGUAGGUUUGUAGGACUGUAUGUUUCUAUUUUAAUGCCCAUGGUUGAGGAACCUGCACAAGUAGAAGAAUAUACAUUACACUUAAUGAGAAACUGUAUGUCACAGCAAGUGAAGUUGUGACGGCAAAACUAAUUGGUUCACACAGGCCCAUAUCUUUCUGUAACUUUGAGGACUAACAGGCAUUUUCUUUUUCUUUUCUUUUGAUGUACUCCAACCACUGUAAUCACUAGGAUGUCAUUUCUAUUCCAACACUGCAGAGUCUUUCUCUGUCAUGUAUUACUAUCACCAAUAGCACCAGUAAUGUGGUGUAGAGCACAGCUGAGUAGAGUUAAUACCAGAUCUGUGUAGCUCACACACUCCUCUCACAGCUUAACCAUAUGGGGGUGGUCUAAAUCUGACCUCUGAGCAGUUCAUAGUGCUUAACUCUGAUAUCAGAGAAGGUGGGCCAAUGCAUCCAGAUCAGUGUGUAAUGAUAGUCGCAGAUGCAUGAUUGGUUAUAAUGGUGUCAGCUGGCCUUGACCCUCAGGUCAGUGCAAUUUACAUCACUCAAAGCCUCACAGCAUGGUGGGCCAAAGUCCGUAUUAGGGCACUUGUCUCACUGGCUUCUCUCUGCUUGGUAUGCUGAAACACAGCAGGAUAGUCACUGGAUGCUGUGUACUUCUCUCUGCUUAGUAUGCUGAAACACAGCAGGAUAGUCACUGGAUGCUGUGUACUUCUCUCUGCUUGGUAUGCUGAAACACAGCAGGAUAGUCACUGGAUGCUGUGUACUUCUCUCUGCUUGGUAUGCUGAAACACAGCAGGAUAGUCACUGGAUGCUGUGUACUUCUCUACUGUUGAAUGAUAUAUGAAUGGUAGGUGUUUUUGUUUCAAAGUGAUUUUCAUUGUUUACCUUUUCAUAAAGAUGUGCAAUUUUCCUUAAAUUGGAAAUCUACUGUUCUCGACCUAGACUAAUAACUAGAUGUCCUCCCGUGUUGGUAUUUUAAUUUCUCUACAGUGUAUGUGGGAUGGUCAUCCAUGUUUUACAGUUGACUUUCUGAGGGAAUGUUUUUCUCAUCUUGAGGUAUAAAAGGUUGCGAUGCGGGAUCCUGUUAAAUGUUUACUCUUGACCACACUAGGAUGAUACAUACAGUGCCCAUAGAAAGUCUACACAUCCUUGAACGUUUUUCAACAGAAGUCUUUCUAAGAGGUUAAGUGUUCCUGAGUGGUCUAGUCUGUCCAGAAUGAAAUCUGCUUCAAAAAAACAGAGUCAAGGUUUAAAUAUCGCUGUCCACCAGUGAUCCCCAACCAAAUUGACUGAGCCUGGGCAAUGUUGACAAAAACGAUGGAUAAAUGUUGCCCUAAGAGUUGUGCAAACUUGGUAGAACUUUAAUGGAAAUGAGUCACAGAUGUAAUUGCUGCCAAAGAUGCAUCCACCAAGUAUUAACUCAGGAUAGAGAGACUUAUGCAAUUAUUAUAUCUGUUACUUGUAAUAUUUUUUGGUCAAAUGACUUUUUCACGUUAAAUGUGGAGUAGGUUGUGUAGAUCUGUAGGAAAAACAUUUCAUGGGGAGUGUAGACCUUCUAUGGGCGCUGUACGUACAUUUUAGGACACUAGUGAAUAUUUUGUUUAAAUGCCUAAUGCAAGUCCUCCCCUACUGGAAGACGACUGGCCAUAUCAUGGAAUGGAUUCAUUGCGGAAAUAAAGUUCUUUAAGAAAAGUCCUGGUUCCACCAUUAAGAAGACAUUAUGGCUAAUAAAAUGUCUUCCAGAGAGAAGUUACUGUAGACCCUUUGCCCCUAUUUAGCCCGAAUGCUAAAGGACUAGGCUGUUGACUUUUCUGUUUAGUCAGGACCUAUUUCACAGAAAGAGGGUCUCCCGCCUCUUCAUUGUGGGCAGAAAUAGUUUGUCAGGAACUCUGUGAUCAAAAGUCUUCUGGUAAACUGCCAGAGAGUAGUCCUUCAACAGCCACCCUGGCACUGGUCUGGUUUGUAAUUGGAAUGCUGCCGUAUCUCUAAAAAAAACAGUCAAACUGGGUUAUUUAACAAGAAUGCACUUGAACAGUGCCCUGUCUUGUCUCCUUUAGCAUUCCUCACAACCUUUCAAAUAAAUGUAUUUUUAUGUUUUCAACAUUUUAA